GCUCGACGAAUCGAGCAAUUGGCGAGAAACGCACGAUACUUCCGACUGAGACUGAAACAGCUGGGUUUUAUUGUCUACGGCAGCGACGACAGCCCUGUUGUGCCAGUACUGCUCUACUAUCCUGCCAAGUGCGGAUUUUAUGGAAGGGAGAUGCUGGCGCGUGGAGUUGGCAUUGUCGUGGUGUCAUUCCCAGCAACCGACAUGACAGAAGCGCGGUGUCGAUUUUGCGUAUCUGCAGCCCAUACCAAGGAAAUGCUCGACGAGGUACUCGAUGCAGUGAGUGAAGUGGGUGACUUGUCCUCAACCAAGUACUCAAAACGAGCACAUCUGUAUAAAAACAUGAGAAUCGAAUGG